CAUCAUUCGCCACAGUGUCAAUGUGAUCAAAAUAUUUCUAACUAAAUGUCAAACGAUCGAAAACGUGAACUUUGGGUGAAAAGUUUUUAGAAGUUAUCAGCUUAUCAGUUACUUAUCCUUGUUAUAAAGAAAUGUCUUCAAACACCAAAUUUAUAGUACCAUUAGCCCUCGGCUUGUCAUUGGUUACAGUAACAGCAUUUGUAGUGUACUAUGUGUUCAAAAAAGAUGAUGAAUCAAAAGAUGAUAAUGUGAAGACGUCCAGGGUCAACACCAUUGAAGUUAAUGUAUCUAAAAGUAUUCUCCCAGCUUUAAUUGGCCGCGGCGGCUCCAAUAUCAAGGAACUGGAGAAGCGUUCAGGUGCAUUGAUCCACUUCAAGCAGUUCAGUGACAAGGAUUAUGACGUGUGCAUCAUCAGGGGUCGUAGUACGGCGACCCAGCUCGCCGAGACCAUGAUACACGACUUCAUAAAGCAGCAGCCAAUCAUAGUUGAGGAUUCAAUAGAGGUCCCAGGAUGGGCCUGCGGGAGGAUCAUUGGCAUGGGAGGCGAGAACAUAAACGACAUUAGUCACCGUAGCGGAGCGCGGAUCAAGGUAGAAGGCUCAGGGGACAAGAGUACCCAGCGGCUGAUCUCCUUCCGGGGCACUAAGGAGCAGAUCCAAACUGCCAAAGGACUCGUUGAGAACUGUGUGGCCCAGGAGAAGUGUAGACGCGAGAUCGAGCAGUCUAAACGAGGGCCACGGCUCGCGCAGCCGCCGCCGAGCGAGGCGGCCGACCGCGACGAGUUGCCAGGUGACGCCGCACACAAGCAUAUCAAAUAUAAAAAGCCUGAAGCGGGCGGCGCAUCGAUAGAGGUGUACGUGUCGGCGGUGUCGUCGCCGUCGCGGUUCUGGGUGCAGUUCGUCGGGCCGCAAGUGUCCCAAUUGGACGAACUCGUCGCACACAUGACAGAAUACUACGGCAAUAAGGAUAAUCGUGCGGCGCACGCGGUGUCGUCGGUGAGCGUGGGGCAGGUGGUGGCGGCUGUGUUCCGACACGACGGUCGGUGGUACCGCGCUCGCGUCCAUGACCUGCGGCCCAACGAGUUCGAUGCCUCGCAACAGGUAGCAGACGUGUUCUACGUUGAUUAUGGUGACAGCGAGUACGUAGCGACGCACGAACUGUGCGAAUUGCGUGCUGACUUGUUGCGGCUGCGAUUCCAGGCAAUGGAGUGCUUCCUAGCGGGCGUACAGCCGGUGUCGAGCGAGGCGGCGAGCGGGGCGACGAGCGGUUCAAGGUGGCACCCGCAAGCCGUUGAGCGAUUUGAAGAACUUACACAGGUAGCAAGAUGGAAGCCUCUCGUAUCUCGCACGUGCAUAUACAAGAAAACGGUUACAGCCGAAGGCGAGAAAGAGAAGGAAAUACCUGGCAUCAAGUUGUUUGACGUCACCGAAGAGGGCGAAGUGGACAUAGGAGCGACGCUGGUGGCGGAGGGCUGGGCGGCGCCCGCGGCCGACGCGCCGUACUCGCCUCACGCCUCGCACCCCUCCACACCAUUCGGUGACCUUGGAAACUCCAGAGUGUUGGGUAUGCUGUCCCCCAGCAGUGAGAGGGCGUCAUCCCUACCGAAAGAUCACAAGGAUGAUCAGAAUGCAACGGAUACGCCGUCUCCUAACAAGAAUGCGAACGAUAACGAACGGAUGACAACAUCUGUAUCGCAUGCGUCCGGCCUCGAGAAGUCCGACAAAAUCAAGUCUAUCUCGAACUUCGACCUGUCCUACCCGGACAUCAAAACGAAAUCGCACGUCAACGGUUCCCACGACGAAUUCAUAAACACAGAAAGGUUAAAUCUAGACAAAGAAGGCUCUACCGAAACACUAACGCCUGUGCCUAAUCUGUCCAAAUCCCCGUUAGACGAUUUCAAAGCAAAUAUUAAUAGAAUAGAUUCACACCAUGGCAACUUAGAAGUUUUAGGGCGGACGCACAAUGAAUUACACAAAUAGGUAAUUUUGCACUAAUAUAAUUUUGUAUAUUGAAUGUGUAAAAAUGGCGUCCAUUUUUUAUAUAUUCAUUUAAUGUGCGUUAACCUUAAAAGUAUUUCGUUAUUAGAGUAUUUAGUACAUUGUGAAAAAAGUGCCGUCUUUUUUAUAUCUUCUUAAAUAAAUUCUACAAAUUUAUUAUUAAAAAAAAACUGAUUUAUCACUUUCAAUCAAAUUGUGAAUGCAACAUUUAGGCUUUCCACUGGAUGUUUUAUGGUUUAUAAGAAACUAGAAUUAACGCUAUUAUUUAGAUACACUAUGGUAAAUUUAAUGUAAACUAUGGUAAAGUUUACUUACAAUUUAUAAGAAACGCGAUCAGCUUCUCUUUUAAAUCAUAAAGUUGUGAAUUUAGUGUAAAAAAAUUUUUGUUUGUCAGUAAAGUGUUUUGUAAGAACAAAACGCAUCACUAACUACAAUUUUACGUUUUUUUUUUAUUUAAAAAAAAUAGUACACAUUUUAUAAUUUGUUAAACAUAAUAAUAGUUUUGUCAAAAAAAAAAUUCGAAAAAUUAAUCAGUCACAAUAGAGUUGAUUUUUCUAACUUUGGUUGAUUUAAAAUCUCGCAGUAAUCGUAAUUUCAAAUAUUUUGUUAUUACACAUUGAAAUGAGAUGUGUUUUUGGAUGAAACAGUUGUUUCUUGACGAUUCUCUAGUUCUCUUAUCAUUUUUAAUUAGUAUAUAAAAAACAAAUGUAUUACAACAAUAAAAAGCUCGAGACACGCCACAAACGAUCUUACGUGUUUUAAAUAGAGUCCAUUUUAUAAUGUACUGAGACUAGAACGUCGCCAACAAGACUGAUCACCGUCAGUCAACAUUAUCGGCCUCUGCGAACCCAUAGCUUUAACUUUAUAGUAUUUAAGAAACAGAAAUGCAAGAGGAAAGUUGUAACAUGAGUUAAGGCCAGCGCAAACGCAGACAACAUUUCAUGUUUGUUACUAAGAACUAUGCCUCUCCCCCCUAAAUAAAUGGUAAAGAGGAUUCUUCAGGGUCGGCAACGCACGCAUAAUACCUCUGGUAUUGCAGGUGUUCAUAGGCUACGGUAACCACUUACCAUCAGAUGGGCCGUAUGUUUGUUUGCCACCUCAGUGGUAUAAAUAAAAAGGGAAAUUUUGUCUGUGGAAAUUAUGCCUCGUCUGCGCGGAGCCUUACAGUUGGUUGUGGAUUUAUCACAGGGAGGUGGAGGUUGUUGUAUUAUUUAAAUAACGUUCUAUAAAUAGACAAUAUAUUUUGGUUCGACGUUUAAAAGGUCUGGAUAGAAAAGUGGAUAUGAUCUAAAAAGUGAAUACGGCCACACCAGUCUUUUUAGACAACUUGUAAUCGAAUCUCUCAAUAGAUACGUUUUCGCCACCAUAUACAGAUAGAACGGCACAGCAGUAUCUGGCGUCUAGUUUAGCUCUUCUAGAAACGCUGGUCAAUUAACCAAUCGUGAUUAAUUCACUAGGAAUUACCCAUGAUGGUAACAAAGAAGCACCGCGAGAUUGUAAUACUGAUAAGGUAAAUGACUAGCAAUGGGGCAGUUAGUCCCCAUUACUAUCGCUUGGGCUCCGCACAAUUGUGUUUGUUAACAUCAAAAAAGUUAUAAACACUUUUCUCUCUUGACCAUAAAUUUGACAUGAAUAAAAUAGGCAUAAACAAUUGCUAUGAUUAUUUGUCUAUGCCUAUAAAUUGUUUCUAUUAGGAAUUUACUUUCUGGUCAUGCUUGUUUUUUUUUUUUUAUUAACGUUUUCGUUAAUUUUAAGUUAACUUACCUAAAUGUAUAGUAACAAUAUGUUUGUACUAAUUUAGAUUAAUAAUUUUUUUACAGUUCUCUACUGUAAAUAUUUUUUUAUCAACAUUUUUAUCUUGGUACAUAUUGUAAUAACGUUAAAGAAAAAUGUCCAAAUAAAAACAUUAUUUAUGAAAAAUACCGCCAAAAUAAAUAAAAGUGCUGACAGAAAAUUAAUUGAAAAUUUAUUAAAAUUAAUAAUAAUGGUAAGCAAAAAAAAAAAAAAAAAACUUG